GGUAGUAUGACAGUUGACAAGACGUAGUUAGCAGACAUUUCAUAUUUUGGUUUAGUGGUACGAAAUAAUACAUAGUAUAUUAUACGUUCCUGUUGGUUUAUACUUGUUAAAAGUAUUUUAUAUAAAAUAAAGAGUUUUUAUGCCUAUUUAGAUAACAUUGAAGAGUGACUUUUUAAAUAUAUUCGUCAUAAAAACGUAAAAAAUAUUAGUGAAAAUGGCUGUUGCUAAAAGAGGCGCAUCAGUUUUCGAAGAUUUGUCCAACGUCGAAUUCGAAACUAGCGAAGAUGUUGAAGUUAUCGAUAAAUUCAAGAAUAUGAACUUGAAAGAAGAGCUACUUCGUGGCAUCUUCGCAUAUGGUUUUGAAAAACCAUCCGCAAUCCAACAAAGGGCUAUAAAACCUAUUAUGAAAGGUAGAGAUGUUAUAGCUCAAGCACAAUCUGGUACCGGUAAAACUGCUACAUUUUCUAUUUCAAUUUUACAAGCUUUGGAUUUAACAAUGAGAGAAACACAAGUCUUGUGUUUAUCGCCUACUAGGGAAUUAGCAGUACAAAUCCAAAAAGUUAUUCUAGCUUUAGGAGAUUUUAUGAAUGUACAAUGCCAUGCUUGUAUCGGAGGAACAAAUCUUGGUGAAGAUAUCAGAAAACUUGAUUACGGUCAGCAUGUUGUAAGUGGAACACCCGGUAGAGUAUAUGAUAUGAUCAGAAGAAGAGCUUUAAGGACAAGAUCUGUUAAGAUGUUAGUUCUAGAUGAAGCAGAUGAGAUGUUAAAUAAGGGUUUUAAGGAACAAAUUUACGAUGUUUAUAGAUUUUUACCCCCGUCGACACAAGUGGUACUCAUUUCGGCAACUUUGCCUCACGAAAUUUUGGAAAUUACUUCAAAAUUCAUGACGGAUCCUAUUCGGAUUCUAGUAAAGCGUGAUGAAUUGACUUUGGAAGGAAUUAAGCAGUUUUUCGUAGCCGUGGAAAGGGAGGAAUGGAAAUUUGAUACCUUGUGUGAUCUCUAUGAUACUCUAACCAUCACCCAAGCAGUUAUUUUCUGUAAUACGAAGAGAAAGGUCGAUUGGCUUACGGAAAAAAUGAGAGAGAACAACUUUACAGUUAGUUCUAUGCACGGAGACAUGCCUCAGAAAGAACGAGACAACAUAAUGAAAGAAUUCAGAUCUGGUCAAAGUAGAGUUUUGAUAACUACUGACGUAUGGGCGAGAGGGAUCGACGUACAACAAGUCAGUUUAGUCAUAAACUAUGAUUUGCCGAAUAAUCGUGAGUUGUACAUUCAUCGUAUAGGUAGAUCAGGAAGGUUCGGCAGAAAGGGUGUUGCCAUUAAUUUCGUUAAAUCUGAUGAUAUAAGAAUUUUAAGGGAUAUCGAACAAUAUUAUUCCACACAGAUAGACGAGAUGCCUAUGAAUGUGGCUGAUCUCAUUUAAUUAUUUAUCCUUUUCACAUGUUUAUGUAAUUGGGAGAUAUUUCACUUUUUGGGGUGGAAAUUUUUUCAUUUUUGACACUACAAAAUUUGUGUUUAUGUAUUUAUUGUAUAUUAUAAGAUUUUGUAAAAUAACAAUAAGUAUAUGGAAAUAAAUUAGUUUAUAAUUUAUCAAAA